AUGCAGCACUCGGCCCGCCCGUCCGCCGCCCAUGCGCCCGACACCGCCCUGCGCCGCUCGUCGCGCCACUCGUCCAACGCGACCCUCCUCUCGCUCGAGUCGCCACUUCGCCCGGCCAAGCGCCGCAACACGGGCACGCAGAAGCUCGAGUCCAAGUCCAAGGUCAAGACGGGCGAGCCGACCGCCAAAAAGCCGCGCAGCAAAGGCCCGUACAGCCACCUCGGCGCGGCGCCUUUGUCGGACCGCAUCCAGGACGGCCUCGACGUCCUCUUCUGCGGCGAGAACCCGGGCAUUCGCACCGCCGAGCUCCAGCUACAUUACGCCUCGCCCGCCAACCACUUCUACAAGUGCCUGCACGCCGCGCGGCUCACGCCUUCCGUCCUGUCGCCCGAGUCGAGUCGAACCCUGCCCGAGGACUACAACAUCGGCAUCACGAACCUGAUCGAGCGGCCCACGCGCGAGGCGUCAGAGCUCGGCAAAGACGAGCUUGAAGCCGCGGUCCCCGGCCUCCUCGCCAAGGUCGCUCGCUAUCGGCCCAAGCUCGUCGCAUUUGUCGGCAUCAAGGUCUGCGAGACGGUCCUUCGUUACCUCGCCUCACCUCCUGCGCCGCCGCCGCCGCCGACUGCCAGCUCCGGUCGCAAGGCGAACAAGACGCCGCUCGUCAAGGCGCAGAUCGGCCUGCAGGGCUUUGCCAUCGCGCAUCUUCCUUCCACCUCCCACGACAAGAAGCGUCCCGUCACCUACUUCUACUGCCUUCCCUCGACGUCGGGCCGAGUCGCGGCGUAUCCGGUCCGUUCCUCCUCUCUCGCGCGCGCUCCGCGCGACAGACCCUGA